ACUCGAAAGUUUCAAAUCUGUACGUUGAGUGAAUUGUUGAGAGAGAAAUUGGUAGGAGUUUGAGAUUCAGAUCUAAGAACAAAAACCCAACAAAAGUGAGAACCAGAAAUUGAGAAUGGCGACAGUGUCUCCACUGGCUAAAUACAAGCUGGUGUUCUUGGGAGAUCAAUCGGUAGGCAAAACCAGCAUCAUCACUCGCUUCAUGUAUGAUAAAUUCGACACCACUUAUCAGGCGACCAUCGGGAUUGAUUUUUUGUCCAAAACAAUGUACCUUGAAGAUCGGACCGUUCGUUUACAGCUUUGGGAUACUGCUGGACAGGAGAGAUUUAGGAGUCUCAUACCAAGCUAUAUCAGGGAUUCUUCCGUUGCUGUAAUUGUCUAUGAUGUGGCCAAUAGGCAAUCGUUUUUGAACACCUCGAAGUGGAUUGAGGAGGUACGAACAGAACGAGGCAGUGAUGUCAUUAUCGUCCUUGUUGGAAACAAAACUGAUCUUGUUGAUAAAAGGCAAGUUUCUAUAGAGGAAGGAGAUAACAAGGCAAAAGAGGUUGGAGUAAUGUUUAUAGAAACCAGUGCAAAAGCAGGGUUCAAUAUUAAGCCUUUAUUCCGGAAAAUUGCUUCUGCCUUACCGGGGAUGGAAACGCUUUCUUCAACAAAACAAGAAGACAUGGUUGAUGUGAACCUCAAGCCCACUGUCAAUUCAUCCCAGAGUGAGCAGCAAGGAGGAGGUUGUGCAUGUUAGAGAUACUGUAUUUAAAAGAAAAAAGGAAACAAAUUGAAGCACUUUCAAUGCUGAAAUAUACCCCAAUUGAGAUCAGAAGACGAUAGGAAUGGUGAUUUUGACAGCGAGAAGAUAAUUGCAACAGAAUGGUGCUUUUUUGUUCAAUGUGCUAUCAGGUUUCAAGUUUCUUGGGGCAGAAAAUCCACAAGCUGUAAAACGGUACUUGAUGUGUUUCGUCAUAUUUGUUAAUUAUUAUUUUUUUUUUUAUGAUUUUCCUCUGAAACUUGUCCUUAAGUUUUUUUUUUUUUUGGAAAAAAUAUAUAUUACCAUAGAAGAAAACUUUUAGCUUAUCAAUUCUGUAAUUGAAGAUCUUAAUUCUUUUGUAAUUGAAGAGUCCAAUCCUCUCCUCUUCUUGCC